AACGUCCCAUCCCACUCGUCGUAAUAUGCAGCUAGCAAUCCAAGCUAGCUUGUAGGCAGCAAGUUAUCCGAAGAUGGCGGUUUGUAGACGUGUUCCUCCUCUUCUGCUGCUUUUGAUGUCCAUCGUUUUAUAUGUGCAUCCUAUUCGAGGACAGAAACUUCCGAACAAUGCAAUCGUCAAGUCUGUAGUUAGUGUUGAUGUACCUGCUCAAAAUCAAGGCGGAGUAGCGGCUGGAAUAAAUGGUCCAGUUGUCGUGGCCUUGCCACCUCGUAAGCGCACCAGCGGCUGGAAGCUGGCGGAAGAGGGUGCUUGUCGGGACGACUUAACCAGGCUUUGUCCGAAACAUUCCUGGAACAAUAACCUGGCUGUGCUUGAGUGCCUCCAGGACAAGAAAGAGGAAACGGAGAUCGCUGCUGACUGCAACCAUCUCCUGUGGAACUACAAGCUUAACCUGACGACUGAUCCCAAGUUUGAGUCUGUGGCCGUGGAAGUGUGCAAGACCACCAUCAACGAUAUUAAAGAAUGUGCGACGGAGGAGAGGGGGAAGGGCUAUCUGGUGUCCUGCCUUGUGGAUCACCGUAGCAACAUCACGGAGUACCAGUGCAACCAGUACAUCACCAAGAUGACCAGCAUCGUGUUCAGUGACUACCGUCUCAUCUGUGGCUUCAUGGACAAAUGUCACGAUGACAUCAACACCCUGCACUGUGGCAGCAUCUCCACCGGCGAGAAGGACGUGCAUUCCCAGGGCGAGGUGAUAGCGUGCCUGGAGAAGGGUCUGGUCCGGGAGGCCGAGGAGCAGCCGGGGGCGCACGCCAUCCGAGACGAGUGUAAGAAGGCCAUCAUGCGCGUGGCUGAGCUCUCCUCGGACGAUUUCCACCUGGACCGGUAUCUGUACUUCUCCUGCCGGGAGGACCGUGAACGCUUCUGUGAGAACACGGCGGCCGGAGAGGGCAGAGUCUACAAGUGUCUUUUCAAUCACAAGUUUGAGGAGGCCAUGUCUGAAAGGUGCCGGGAAGCCCUCACCACGCGUCAGAAGCUAAUCGCCCAGGACUACAAAGUGAGCUACUCUCUGGCCAAGGCCUGCAAGGCGGACCUGAGGAAGUACCGCUGCAGCAUGGACACCAACAUGCCCCGCGCCCGUGAGGCCCGCCUGUCUUACCUGCUGCUCUGCCUGGAGUCGGCCGUCCACAGAGGGCGCACGGUGGUCGGGGAGUGCCAGGGAGAGAUGCUGGAUUACCGGAGGAUGCUGAUGGAGGACUUCUCUCUGAGCCCGGAGAUUGUGCUGCACUGCCGCGGGGAGAUCGAGGCCCACUGCUCCGGCCUCCACCGCAAGGGACGCACGCUGCACUGUCUGAUGAGGGUGGGCCGGGGAGACAUGGCCGCCAUCGACAGCCUCUGCCAGAAAGCCCUCCAAACCCUGAUCCAGGAGGCCGACCCCGGGGCUGACUACCGCAUCGACCGGGCCCUGAACGAGGCCUGUGAGUCCGUCAUCCAGACCGCCUGCAAGCACAUCCGCAACGGAGAUCCUAUGAUCCUGUCCUGUCUGAUGGAACACCUGUACACAGAGAAGAUGGUGGAGGACUGUGAACACCGGCUGCUGGAGCUGCAGUACUUCAUAGCACGGGACUGGAAACUGGACCCCAUCCUUUACAAGAAGUGCCAGGGUGAUGCCUCCAGGCUCUGCCACACCCACGGUUGGAAUGAGACCAGUGAGCUCAUGCCUCCCGGGGCCAUCUUCUCUUGCCUGUACCGCCACGCCUACCGGACAGAGGAGCAAGGACGACGGCUGUCCCGGGACUGUAAAGUGGAAGUACAGCGUAUCCUCCACCAGAGGGCGCUAGACGUGAAGCUUGACCCGGAGCUGCAGACCCACUGUAUGACUGACCUGGGAAAGUGGUGUUCUGAAAAGACAGAGUCCGGCCAGGAGUUGGAGUGUCUACAGGACCAUCUAGAGGACUUAGUGGCACAGUGCAGAGACGUGGUGGGGAACCUCACUGAGCUGGAGUCAGAGGACAUUCAGAUCGAGACCCUGCUGAUGAGGGCUUGUGAGCCAGUCAUCCAGUCCCACUGUCAUGAGGUGGCUGACAACCAGAUCGACACAGGGGACCUGAUGGAGUGUCUGGUGCAGAACAAGCACCAGAAAGAGAUGAACGACAAGUGUGCUGUGGGCGUCACACACUUCCAGCUGGUCCAGAUCAAAGAUUUCCGUUUCUCCUACAAGUUCAAGAUGGCCUGCAAAGAGGACGUGCUCAAACUCUGCCCCAACAUCAAGAAGAAGGUGGACGUGGUGAUCUGUCUCAGCACCACCGUGAGGAACGACACCCUCCAGGACACCAAGGAGCAGCGCGUGUCGGUCAAGUGUCGGAAGCAGCUCCGGGUGGAGGAGCUGGAGAUGUCGGAGGACAUCCGCCUGGAGCCCGAGCUCUACGACUCCUGCAAGCAGGACAUCGGCAGGCUGUGCCAGAACGUGGCCUUCGGGAACGCCCAGGUUAUUGAGUGUCUAAAGGAAAACAAGAGGCAGCUAACCCAGCGCUGUCACCACCGGAUGUUCAAACUGCAGGAGGUGGAGAUGAUGGACCCAGAACUGGACUACCAACUCAUGAGGGUCUGCAAACAGAUGAUCCGGCGGUUCUGUACCGAGGCUGAUGCCAAGAACAUGCUGCAGUGCCUGAAGCAGAACAAGAACAGCGAGCUGAUGGAUCCCAAGUGUAAACAGAUGAUCACCAAGAGGCAAAUCACGCAGAACACAGACUACAGGUUGAACCCGGUGCUGAAGAAGUCCUGCAAGGCGGACAUCCCCAAGUUCUGCCAGAGCAUCCUGAACAAGGCUACAGGAGACAGCGAGCUGGAGGGACAGGUCGUCUCCUGCCUCAAACUGAAAUAUGCCGACCAGCGCCUGUCUCCCGACUGUGAGGACCAGAUCAGAGUGAUCCUGCAGGAGUCGGCUCUGGACUACCGACUGGACCCACAGCUGCAGGUGCACUGUACCGAUGAGAUCUCCCGGCUGUGUCCAGAGGAGGCGGCGGCGCAGGAGCAGACGGGUCAAGUAGAGGAGUGUCUCAAAUUCAACCUUCUCAAAAUCAAAGUGGAGGGCUGCAAGAAGGAGGUGUUAAACAUUCUGAAGGAGAGCAAGGCGGACAUCUUUGUGGACCCUGUCCUUCACACAGCCUGUGCUCUGGACAUCAAACACCACUGUGCUGCCAUCCCGCCAGGAAGAGGACGCCAGAUGUCCUGUCUGAUGGAGGCCCUGCAGGACAAGAGAGUUCGUCUGCAGCCGGAGUGUAAGAAGAGACUGCAGGACCGCAUUGACAUGUGGAGCUAUGCUGCCAAGGUGGCCCCGGCAGAAGGCUUCUCAGACCUGGCCAUGCAGGUGAUGACCUCCCCCUCCAAGAACUACAUCCUGGCUAUGAUCGGCAUGGGAGUUUGUGUCCUGUUCCUGUUCGGUCUGCUGUGUGGCCGCAUCACCAAGCGGGUAAUGCAGGAGCAGAAGGACAGGUAGAGGGCGGGGCCUCCGGGGCCACCGAGGGCCUCAGCAGAAGAACCCGGGCAGGGCCCCCCCCCCCCUCCCUCAGCAUAGCCCCGACUGACCCCCACCUCAGUCUGGCUCCAUGUACAAACCACCCAACCCCCCCACCCCCACCUUCUGUCCACCUCUUCAACCCCGCUCCCUCAGCUUUCUCCACGUUACUCCCAGAGACUGGGCGUAUAAGAACAGCCAGCCAUUGGAGCUUCGCUGUGGUCAUCGCUAUGCUGUCGGAGGGCGACCCCGGGUCUCCCCCAGUUUCCCUGACAUGAAAGCGGACUUGCCCCAACCGUGAGACCGACCACCACUCCAGUGUCUGACCGAUGGAAGCCAAGUCUUCACGAUACAUUCUACAGGAGACUUCUAGAAGGACGCCGCCUUCGCCUGUUCAUCCUCCGUCGAUCCACUGACACUUACAGACUUUUACCACUGGGCAAUCCGGCUAGGCCAGCCUGCUAGCACAGACGCAUUAUUUAUUUGGAUUCUGCUUUCAUUUUCUCUUGGACUUUUUUUUUUUCUCCUUCUAUCCUUUACCUCAUUUAGAUGCAAUAUUUCUUUCCAGAUCUCUCUGGUGUGGGUGGGUGUCGGUUGGUCUGAAGGUGAGGUGGGUGCACAGUUAGCGUUGAGCAUUAUAAUGCGAGAGCAACAGCCUCCAUACUAAUGACCUGCCAGAGAGGUAUUCGGUGAGGUCUGAACCGAUAGUUUGCUGUUCGUGCGAGUGCGUUUGCGUGUGUGUGUGAGAAAGGGGAGUUUUAACACCGUUUUUUUUUGUGUUCUUUGUAAAGGACGGGGUGGUUGACGGACUUCAGGUCGCCGAAGUGUAUUAGAGUCACUGAUUUGCCAUGAGACUGCCGGGCGUGGCGUUGAACUGUCCUCCACUGACUGAGCCACAUAGAGGAGCGUGACACUCCACAGCACGUCACUCCAGUAUUAGACUCCUAACAGCUGGUGAUAAUGUUGAUUACUGACCCGUCUGUACGUCACAGUCUGCAACCACAGUCACUGUCAUGCUGUGGUUGCACGAUGCUAACUGCAUUGGGUGGUGCGCUAGGUUAGCGGUUAGCAUCGACCACGUGACUGGAACAGGAAGUUAUUCCCCCCAUUUUUCUCAAGGUACUCUGAGUUAAGUAGGAACAUUUUGACAGUCGGAGGCUUUGGGUCAAGGUGGUGAGGUGACACAACUCUUGUGAUGGAUGGUGCAGAAACAUGAGUCUCAUUUUGAACACUGGCUUUGAACUUUUCCAAAGGGUCCCAUGUAGUUUAAGUAGUUAAUUGCGGGAUAAGAGCAAUGGUUUUGGUAGCUGUGAUACAUCAGUAUUGAAGAAUGGUUGGUGGUACAUGGGUGAAGAGCAAUGCAAAAACAAAUACAAAAAUGAAUAAAGAGAUGCUAUUAGAGAUGUGAAGAUUUUUUUUUUUUAUAUAUAUAUAUAUGAUACUGGAACCAUUGCACAUUUUUGUUAUUUUAUAUCUAUAUAUAUAUAUCUCUAUAUAUAUAUAUAUAUAUUGUUUGGUCAUAGCCUUAUUUAUUUCUCGUAAAAGUCAUUUUUCUAUUUGGUUUGUUCUCUUGUUGCCUUUUGCCUAUGGAGUACCCAGUUGUUUGAGCUGGUUAUGGGUAGCUACAUUCUUUCUCCUCACCUUCAAGGGAGACAAUGCCCGUUUAGAGGAAGAGGGAGAUGCCACGGUGGAGAGGAAGGGGCUGGAUGUUGUCACCAGGAGCUUCUCGGCUCAGUCAGUGUGGGAAUGAAUAAUUCUGUCUCUUGCCCUUUUACUUUUUAGUUACUGACCUCAGAAGGAUGGGAACUUUAACGAAUCAAAACAGACGAAUCAAAGCCGCGUUGAGGAGAAUUCCUAAUGCGUUCAAGACGAUUCAACAAUCCUUUUCUCUAAACUGUCAUGCCAUGUCAGUGGAUUUUUAGUCGUCUCCCCCCAUCCAUGUCAUUGCCUUGCUGUUGAAUUGGCGUGAGCUGUGAGCGCUUCCCUUCUUGCUUGUAAAAACAGUUGAUGAUUUGACUUGUAAAAUGGCCUCUGCUGUAACCACGCAAAAGCUAGAUUCGUCAGUGUGUGCCUACUCUGAACAAUCCCAAAUAGGGAUCCCCUGUGUAUAUACAUGCAUACGUAUGGGAGGCCGGCGGCCCUCUCCUAACACCCCUUCAGACUGAGCAGUGGCGCGUGGGGAGACGAGCCUCACACAGCUGUUGCACCCUGCUCUUGGCAGAGGGAAACACUCCUACAAAGACAUCUAGUUUGGGGAAAACUUGUCGCUUAUUUUUUUUGUUUUGGGAAUCAGCACUCUCCUCUUGUGCUACCCAGGCAGCAGUAAAUACUGUUGAGUCGUUCUAUCUGUUGAUACUUACUGUUAUUUUUUUGUUUUUCAAAAGCUUUCAUCAAGGUGGAAUUUAAUAAUGAUUAUAACAAUGACUAUAACAUAUGAUUAAGGUUAUGAUGAAAAAUGUUUUGUAAUUAUGUUUUUGUGUAUACAUUCAUGGAGGUCCUUUGCUUUCAUCUCUGAUAAUGCCAUGUACUUGAGAUGUAACAGAAUAACAGUGCAUUUCCCUGGUUUAGAGAGAGUUUUUUUUUUUCUGUACAGAUGAAGUUGGACAAUUUGUUAAAAAUAAAGUCUGCAGGUUUUUAAAAUAUUGUCCACUGUUUUGUAGGCUGGAGGCAGGUUCUGGAACUAGUCUCCUCUGACUACGACACACGCACACACACACCAAACCACCCACAUUCCCACUCUGGGUAGGUUGCAGGCCAGAAGGCUGUUUUUUCAUUCCACCUAUAAAUACACAGUUCCUCUUAUCUAUGGCCAGAGUAGUCAUGAUUGUCAAGCAUCCACAAAUCAGCAGAUUCUUGUUGAUUUAAUAAAUUAUGAUUCACA